AUGGAUGUGCCGCACGACAAAGAGGGUCAGGACAUCAGUCAACCUGAACAAAAAGACAAUGAAGAAAAGCAACACAACCUCUCAUCUACCACUCUACCCUCUGAGUCUUAUCCUCCUCCACCUCAGUCCUCGACGGCAUCUUCAUCAACCUUUCGGCCCAGCGGUCCGGAUGUUCUGCCAGGCCUUCAGACAAACACCUACAACAACAACAACAACGCAACACCCACCCGCACGACUCGAGCUGCCUCAUCUGCUGCCCCCAGCGAGCAGAAUAGUGUCUCCAACUCGGAAACACCGUUUUCGCCUUGGAGUGUUAGUUCAGAUAAGCAAUUGGGUUAUCACUCCGCAGCUUCAGAUGUUUCUGGAGACCGAGUUUUUCCUAUAAGAUCCGUCGUUAGCGUCGACCCUAGCUCCAGUAAGAUAACCAACAACGAUUACUUUCAUGCCUUGCCUCAGCGUGAUGGCCGGAGCAUUCCUGUCAAAGUCCCAAGUACGUCCCGAGCUGACAUAGGGCCAGAUCUGAGACGUUCGGAUACAGUCCCAGCAAACUACCAUUCACGAGCCCACAGCGAGCGUAUCGACGCUCUAAUGCGAAGGAAAAAUACAAUGAGCGGGCCCAUGUCGAGAAUUCAGCUAGAUGCAAACCGCCACGGAAGCAGUACGGCCCCUUUAGAACUUGAUAUAUCAAUGUCAGACAACGAAGCAGAUACAGACGCAGACACAGAAACAGAAGAAUCGGGGGUGAUGGGACAUGCCUCGGCAAAUGUUUCAGCGGGAGGGCUUGAGCCCGAUGCUUCUUCUGCCGGGUACUCCAGUGCUGAUGUUUCACACGUAACUGCCCGGUUCACCCAUGUUGUGACAGAUGAUGGCCACGCCGUCAUCACUGGUCGUGACGGUGUCCUUCAGCGUUGUGAGGACGAGCCAAUCCACGCUCCUGGUGCUGUUCAAACUUUCGGUGUUCUCGUCGCUCUUCGCGAAGAGAACGAUGGUUGCUUUGUCGCCCGAUACGUUAGCGAGAAUUCUGUUCGGAUGUUGGGCUACACACCGAAACAAUUAUUUCAACUCAAGAAUUUCCUCGACAUCCUAACGGAAGAGCAACAGGAUAAUCUUCUUGACCACAUCGAUUUCAUUCGUGACGAAGACGCAGAUCCCGCUAUCAAUGGGCCCGAGGUUUUCAGCUUAUCGAUUCGACCCCCCAAAUGCAAGAGCACGAAGCUUUGGUGCGCGAUCCAUAUAAAUCCGGCACACCCUGAUUUAAUAAUUUGCGAGUUCGAGCUGGACGACGACGUUGAAUACCCCCUGCGGCCUGCGGAUGAAAUGACGCCAGAUACCCCCCACGACACGUUGCAGUCGAAUCCGACUUUGGAGGAGAUAGAAGACAGCACAGAGGUUCUUAGUAAGCCUUUGAGGAUACUGAGAAGUGCAAGAAAAAGGCGAGGUGAACAAGGCGCCAUGCAGGUUUUUGACAUCAUGUCUCAAGUCCAGGAACAACUUUCAUCUGCCCCAAACCUCGAGGCCUUUCUCAAGGUCCUGGUGGGCAUAGUCAAAGAAUUGACUGGGUUCCACCGUGUCAUGAUCUACCAGUUUGACUCUUCAUUCAACGGUAAAGUUGUGACAGAACUCGUCGAUACAUCCAUGACGAGGGAUUUGUACAAAGGCCUCCAUUUCCCAGCAUCAGACAUUCCACGACAAGCUCGCGAUCUCUACAAGCUCAACAAAGUACGAUUACUCUACGACCGCGACCAAGACACCUCCAGAAUUGUUUGCCGAACAAAAGAAGACCUCGACAUUCCGCUGGACAUGAGCCACUCCUAUCUACGAGCCAUGUCGCCUAUUCAUAUCAAAUACCUGAAAAACAUGGCUGUAAGAUCCUCCAUGUCGAUAUCAAUUAAUGCUUUUAACGAACUAUGGGGCCUCAUUUCUUGUCAUUCCUACGGAAAUCACGGGAUGCGAGUAUCUUUCCCUAUUCGCAAAAUGUGUCGCCUGGUGGGAGAUACUGCAUCCAGAAAUAUCGAGAGAUUAUCUUAUGCUUCGCGACUGCAGGCUCGCAAGCUGAUCAACACCGCACCUACGGACAAGAACCCCUCUGGGUAUAUCAUUGCGUCAUCAGAGGACUUAUUGAAGUUGUUCGAUGCCGAUUUUGGUUUGCUAUCGAUCAAGGGUGAGACCAAACUCAUGGGGCCUGUCGAACAAAGUCAAGAAGCACUCGCUAUGUUGGAGUACCUCAGAAUGCGUCAACUUACAUCUGUUGUUGCAUCGCAGGACGUCAGCGAGGACUUCCCCGAUCUACGAUAUCCACCUGGCUUCCAACUUGUCGCUGGGUUACUCUACGUCCCACUGAGUGUCGGCGGCAGCGACUUCAUUGUCUUCUUUCGAAAGGGACAAAUUAAAGAAGUCAAAUGGGCUGGCAAUCCCUAUGAAAAGUUUGUUCGCGAGGGCACUGCAGGCUAUCUCGAGCCAAGGAAGAGUUUCAAGACGUGGCAUGAGACUGUUGUUGGUAAAUGCAGAGAAUGGAACGAGGAGCAGGUAGAGACUGCGGCCGUGCUUUGUCUCGUUUACGGUAAAUUCAUCGAAGUUUGGAGACAAAAGGAGAAGGCUUUGCAGAAUAGCAAGCUAACCCGGCUGUUACUUGCUAACUCUGCGCAUGAAGUCCGAACCCCUCUGAAUGCCAUCAUCAAUUAUUUAGAGAUUGCCCUCGAGGGAAGUCUAGAUCAGGAAACUCGCGAUAACUUGGCCAGGUCUCAUUCCGCAUCAAAGUCUUUGAUUUAUGUCAUCAAUGACCUACUGGAUUUGACCAAAACUGAGGAAGGGCAGAACUUGGUCAAAGACGAGGUGUUUGAUCUUGCCAGCUGUAUCAGGGAGGCAACCGGCCCCUUCCUGAACGAUGCGAAGCGAAAGGGAAUCCAUUACACCGUCGUCCAACAUCCCGGGUUGCCUCAGUUUGUACACGGAGAUGAACGACGGAUCCGUCAGGCACUCUCCAACGUCACAGCAAAUGCCGUUGCACAUACGCACAAGGGCCAUGUCAAGGUGGAAGUUUUUGUGUCCGAGAUCAAAGAUCAACAGGCCGUUGUUGACUUUGUCAUCGAAGACUCUGGCAUCGGCAUGAGUGCAGGUCAGCUUGACACCCUAUUCCGAGAUCUCGAACAGGUCAGCUCAGAGGACGCGCCUACAUCAAGUUCAUUAGAUGAUAUGCCUCGUGAGAUGCGUACUCUGGGACUUGGCCUUGCCGUAGUUGCGCGUAUCGUUCGCAACAUGGACGGGCAGCUUCGCUUGAAAUCAGAAGUUGGUCAGGGUUCGAGAUUUGUCGUCCAACUCCCGUUCCUCUUAUCAGAUCAAUGCAGCGGUUCUCACCUUAAGGAUGCACCAGACGGGCGAGGAAACCAAUCCUUCAACAGCACUAGCACUGCUAGUACCGCCCCAGAUGCUUUAAGAGCUGCGCCAGAAGGAGAGAUAACGCUUGUUGACAGAGCUAGUACUAUGGCUUCUGCUGGUGAUGUGUCGCUCAAGGGUAGUGGGGCAAGCCAACGUAGCAUGGGCAGUCAUACAAGUCACGGCAGUCGUAACAGUCAUCAGAGUGAUGCCGAUCGACUUAUCGAUGCAAUCCAAACACCGCUAUCCCUAAAUGAACGAGAAGGCACCGAGUUUCCCAUUCAGGGGGGGAGGGGUUCAAGACCAAUUUCCAUGCGCCCUGAGUCUCGCGGAGCUGUUAGUCUUGGUGGUCGAUCUGCCAGCCCAUCCAAUCAACAGCCUCAAAGUCCUGUUUCGACUAAGCCUCGUAGCGAGCCCGGCAGCACCGAAGUCACGGAUUCAAAAACCCCAAUCCGAGCAGUCAAGGUGCCAGAUGACUACACUGAUAUGCCUCAAAAGCCGCAACCCAGUGAGCAAUCCGGUAUUCUUUUUGAGAUGAAGACCAUUGAUCGCCCCGUAGCCAAGGCUGGUACAGAAAGUGUUACCAGCGCAGGGACUCAGAUGACUGAGCAGCAGCAUCUUCAAGUUCUUGUGGCUGAAGACGAUCCAAUCAACAUGAAGAUCCUGAGGAAGCGUCUCGAGAGGGUGGGCCAUGGCGUGCAUCAUACUGUAAACGGAGAGGAUUGUGCCGCAGCUUUUCGUGAAAGGUCAAGGGAGUUCGACGUUGUUCUAAUGGACAUGCAGAUGCCUAUCGUCGAUGGCCUUACAAGUACAAAGAUGAUCAGAUCAAUGGAGGCAUCUGCAGAUUAUCACGGUCACUCAGCUUUAGCUAACACUAACCAUCGCAUCCCCGUCUUCGCAGUUUCGGCCUCGCUCGUUGAGCGUGAAAAGCAGAAAUACAUUGAUGCCGGUUUUGAUGGAUGGAUUCUCAAGCCGAUCGACUUCAAACGUCUCAAUACUCUCCUUGCGGGAAUUUCCGACGAAGAGGUCCGCAACUCUUGCUUAUACGAAUCUGGUCAAUGGGAACGUGGAGGCUGGUUCCAUCCAAGGUCCUUGGUGGGCGGCUCAGAGGCCAGUGAUGAGAUCACGCCAAGGGCUGAGCACGCUGCGAAGGACAAGGACAUCGGCGAAACUGCUAUUAUUUCUGAAGACGCGAAAGAAACAGGCGGUGCUGAUGAAGCCAAGCCCGACAAUGACUGA